CCGCCUCCUGGCGCUAGGGUCUGCCUGCGGCCGGGCGCUGGCUCAGUCUCGGCUGAUUGCCGCUGUCGCUCCCGGGGCCACGGGAUGACGCCUCCUCCGCCCGGACGUGCCGCCCCCAGCGCACCGCGCUCCCGCGUCCCUGGCCCGCCGGCUCGGUUGGGGCUCCCGCUGCGGCUGCUGCUGCUGCUCUGGGCGGCCGCCGCCUCCGCCCAAGGCCACCUAAGGAGCGGACCCCGCAUCUUCGCCGUCUGGAAAGGCCAUGUAGGGCAGGACCGGGUGGACUUUGGCCAGACUGAGCCGCACACGGUGCUUUUCCAUGAGCCAGGCAGCUCCUCCGUGUGGGUGGGAGGACGCGGCAAGGUCUACCUCUUUGACUUCCCCGAGGGCAAGAACGCAUCUGUGCGCACGGUGAACAUCGGCUCCACAAAGGGGUCCUGUCUGGAUAAGCGGGACUGUGAGAACUACAUCACUCUCCUGGAGAGGCGGAGUGAGGGGCUGCUGGCCUGUGGCACCAACGCCCGGCACCCCAGCUGCUGGAACCUGGUGAAUGGCACUGUGGUGCCGCUUGGUGAGAUGAGAGGCUAUGCCCCCUUCAGCCCGGACGAGAACUCCCUGGUUCUGUUUGAAGGGGACGAGGUAUAUUCCACCAUCCGGAAGCAGGAAUACAAUGGGAAGAUCCCUCGGUUCCGCCGCAUCCGGGGCGAGAGUGAGCUGUACACCAGUGAUACUGUCAUGCAGAACCCACAGUUCAUCAAAGCCACCAUCGUGCACCAAGACCAGGCUUACGAUGACAAGAUCUACUACUUCUUCCGAGAGGACAAUCCUGACAAGAAUCCCGAGGCUCCUCUCAAUGUGUCCCGUGUGGCCCAGCUGUGCAGGGGGGACCAGGGUGGGGAAAGUUCACUGUCAGUCUCCAAGUGGAACACUUUUCUGAAAGCCAUGCUGGUAUGCAGUGACGCUGCCACCAACAAGAACUUCAACAGGCUGCAAGACGUCUUCCUGCUCCCUGACCCCAGCGGCCAGUGGAGGGACACCAGGGUCUAUGGUGUUUUCUCCAACCCCUGGAACUACUCAGCCGUCUGCGUGUAUUCCCUCGGUGACAUUGACAAGGUCUUCUGCACCUCCUCACUCAAGGGCUACCACUCAAGCCUUCCCAACCCACGGCCUGGCAAGUGCCUCCCAGACCAGCAGCCGAUACCCACAGAGACCUUCCAGGUGGCUGACCGUCACCCAGAGGUGGCGCAGAGGGUGGAGCCCAUGGGGCCUCUGAAGACGCCAUUGUUCCACUCUAAAUACCACUACCAGAAAGUGGCCGUCCACCGCAUGCAAGCCAGCCACGGGGAGACCUUUCAUGUGCUUUACCUAACUACAGACAGGGGCACUAUCCACAAGGUGGUGGAGCCUGGGGAGCAGGAGCACAGCUUUGUCUUCAACAUCAUGGAGAUCCAGCCCUUCCGCCGUGCGGCUGCCAUCCAAACCAUGUCGCUGGAUGCUGAGCGGAGGAAGCUGUAUGUGAGCUCCCAGUGGGAGGUGAGCCAGGUGCCCCUGGACCUGUGUGAGGUCUAUGGCGGGGGCUGCCACGGUUGCCUCAUGUCCCGAGACCCCUACUGCGGCUGGGACCAUGGCCGCUGCGUCUCCAUCUACAGCUCCGAACGGUCAGUGCUGCAAUCCAUUAAUCCAGCCGAGCCACACAAGGAGUGUCCCAACCCCAAACCAGACAAGGCCCCACUGCAGAAGGUUUCCCUGGCCCCAAACUCUCGCUACUACCUGAGCUGCCCCAUGGAAUCCCGCCACGCCACCUACUCAUGGCGCCACAAGGAGAACGUGGAGCAGAGCUGCGAACCUGGUCACCAGAGCCCCAACUGCAUCCUGUUCAUCGAGAACCUCACGGCGCAGCAGUACGGCCACUACUUCUGCGAGGCCCAGGAGGGCUCCUACUUCCGUGAGGCUCAGCACUGGCAGCUGCUGCCCGAGGACGGCAUCAUGGCUGAGCACCUGCUGGGCCAUGCCUGUGCCCUGGCCGCCUCCCUCUGGCUGGGGGUGCUGCCUACACUCACUCUUGUUUUGCUGGUCCACUAGGGCCUCCCGAGGCUGGGCAUGCCUCAGGCUUCUGCAGCCCAGGGCACUAGAACGUCUCACACUCAGAGCCGGCUGGCCCGGGAGCUCCUUGCCUGCCACUUCUUCCAGGGGACAGGAUAACCCAGUGGAGGAUGCCAGGCCUGGAGACGUCCAGCCGCGGGCGGCUGCUGGGCCCCAGGUGGUGCAUGGACGGUGAGGGGCUGAGAAUGAGGGCACCGACUGUGAAGCUGGGGCAUCGAUGACCCAAGACUUUAUCUUCUGGAAAAUAUUUUUCAGACUCCUCAAACUUGACUAAAUGCAGUGAUGCUCCCGGCCCACGAGCCCAUGGGUCGGGGAGUGGGUUUGGAUAGGAGAGCUGGGACCCCAUCUCUGGACCCUGGGGCUGAGGCCUGAGUCCUUGUGGACUCUUGGUACCCACAUUGCCUCCUUCCCCUCCCUGUCUCAUGGCUGGAUGGCUGGUGUUCCUGAAGACCCAGGGCUACCCUCUGUCCAGCCCUGUCCUCUGCAGCUCCCUCUCUGGUCCUGGGUCCCACAGGACAGCCGCCUUGCAUGUUUAUUGAAGGAUGUUUGCUUUCCGGACGGAAGGACGGAAAAAGCUCUAUUUUUAUGUUAGGCUUAUUUCAUGUAUAGCUACUUCCGACUGCAUCUGUAUGAAAAUACCAAAACUACAUGCGGGGGGUGGGAAAGGGAGGGGCUGGGAAGGGAUGGGUUGGGGAGGGGGGUGAUCCCAGUCUGAGGCUCCCGGGGAUGAGAUAAGAGUCUGGAGACGGGCAUGGGUUCUUGGAGAGUGGCAUGAGCUGGCUCUGCCCUGGGAGCCCGGUCUGAGGGGGACGUUGUUGGAGCCCCCGGUGUUGGGGGUGGUUAUGGGAGGGGGUGGGGUGAGGGAAACAAGGGAGAAUGAAGGAGAAAACUGAGCCCUAGUUUCACCGUGUUCAUUUAGAAGGACGAGCCGGGUCCUCAGGGGGAGGUUCCAGGACUCUGCCCUUGGCGUUGAGGGUUGGGGGGCGGGGGGCCUCCUCCCUUCCUCUCAGCCCCCUUCCCCAGGGGCUGUGCUUCCAUGCUCCUAGCCUCCCACCUUCGCUCAGGACAUGUUAUAACUUAGGCUAAACUGUGAAAAUUCCAGUGGGGAUGGCCUGGGCCGAGCUCUCCAGGCAGGCGGCCCUGCCCCCAGCCCUGUCCAUCCAUUUCAGGGGGGAGCUGGGUCCUUCUCCAGCUGUGUCUGGCCACCCAGGGCAGGGGCUGGGGCCAGCGGCCUUCCAGCUUUGGCCCCUGCACCUCUUCUCAAUGCACUUUAAUAAUGUAACAUAUUACUAAUAAACAAGCUAUUUAUUUA